AUGCGUGUAUCGGCGACAGCAGUCAGUUUGUUGGCCACCUUGGCCUCAGCCAGCUUAGACAGCCCUAGCCUGCUACAGCAGUUCUACGCUCCAGGACGCCUUUUAGGUAACUCCUUUGGCAACCCAGGCAUCAAUGCAACAUACGACUAUGUCGUCGUUGGAGCUGGCUUAGCCGGCGCUCUUACGGCAUCCAGAAUCGCAGAAGCAUUGCCAAACAUGACGGUCGCAGUCAUCGAAGCUGGCUCCUUUUAUGAGAUAUCGAACGGGAAUUACAGUCAGAUUCCUUACUAUUCGACCAUGUAUGUUGGUCCGGAUCCCGAAGACUACCAGCCAUUGAUCGACUGGGGUAUCUUCACCGAACCUAUACCCGGCGCGAAUGGACGCCGAUUUCACUACGCGCAAGGGAAAGCGCUUGGUGGCAGUUCGGCGCGGAAUCAAGAAAUUUACCACAGAGCAACCAAAGGUUGGUAUGAAUCUAUCGCCAACAUUACUGGAGACUCUGCCUACUUGUGGGACAACAUGUUCCCCUUCAUGAAGAAGAGCUUCUCCUUCACACCACCCGAUGUUCGCUUUCGCGCUGAGAAUUCCAGCAACAUCAACUUCACGCUCUCCGCCUUCGAUAUCCCAGGAGGUCCUGUUCAUUUGAGCUUUCCAAAGUACGCGCAACCAAUCGCCUCGUAUGGUGCAGAGGGAUAUGCUGCUGCUGGCAUGAACGCGGCGAAUGGCUUCCUCGAUGGAAACCUCCUAGGAUAUGGCUACUGGCCCUUUACGUUGAGGCCCGAGGACAGUACGAGGAGUAGCACCGAAUCGGCUUUCCUUUCCCACACAGCUGCAGCAACGUCUUUGAAGAUCUACCAGUCUUGCAUGGUGCGCAAUAUUCUUUUCGAUGAGUCAAAGCGUGCGAUGGGAGUGAACGUCACAGCUGGCGGGAUGAAACCGUUCAUCGUUCACGCGCGCAAAGAAGUCAUCGUUUCCAGCGGCUUCAUUCAUUCUCCUCAGCUACUCAUGGUAUCUGGAAUCGGUCCGCGCGAGGUACUCGAACGACACAACAUCACCGUCAUGUCCGAACUAAAUGGCGUUGGUCAGAAUCUUCGAGAUACUCCCGCUAUUGGCGGCGUCGUUCAUCACACGAACGUACCAGGGAGAAGUGCUUGGGAGCGCGAGUCUUCGUCUUUCGACGCAGCUGUAGAGCGCUAUCUGACGAACGGAUCUGGUCCUCUUAGCAGUCCCGCUAGUGAUUUUGCCGCCUGGGAGAGAAUACCUGAACAGUUCACCACCAACAUGAGUCGAUCUACUCUCGAAUUCUUGCGAGAUCUGCCCAGCGACUGGCCGAAUGUAGAACACGUAUUGCAGGCUGCAGAGCGCAUCUUGUCUUCAGCGCAAACUGCGAGCGAUACAGGUGUCAUCGGCACAAUAUUGACAUCCACCACGAGCGCGGGAAAUGUCACCAUCCAAUCUGCUGACAACGCUGUUGCACCUGUCGUAUACAUAGGCUGGCUCGACUCCAUUGAAGACCAGGAACUUGCUGUUGCAGCAUACAGACGUGCACGCACCAUCGCCGCCAGCAUAUCCGCAUUUGGUGAUGAAAUAGCGCCAGGAGCGAAUGUCACAACGGAUGCGCAGAUUUUGCACUAUAUUAGAACGAAAGGGAUGGGCGCCAUUCAUCACGGAGCAGCAACGUGCGCGAUGGGAAGAAAUGCGUCGAAUGGAGCGGUCGUUGACUCUAAGGCAAGAGUCUUUGGUGUGAGUGGACUCAGGGUUGUAGAUGCAAGUUCUUUGCCGUUCACUGCGCCUGGACAUACACAGGGUGUCACUUAUGCGCAUGCGGAGAAGUUAGCGCAGGAUAUCAUCAAUGCUGUGAAUGAUGUCUAG